AUGGAAGAAGAAGACGACGAGGAGCGAGAGAAGUGGAAAAAUGAACGGUCGCGAGUUCUCGACGUGUGGAGCGAGGUAUUGUUUUUGGAAAUGAGUAAUUUUGCUCCAAUUGGAAAGUUGAGUGUACGGUGGGAGCUGCAGGAUUUACGACGAUUUGUUCUUUUUUGUUACUUUUAGUUUUUUUUUUUGCGGCUUGAAAUUUAUUACAUUUAUGCUAAUUUUUAAACUUCGCUACAGCUUUGAAUUUUUAUUCUUGGUUUUUGAUUUGCUAUCAUAAACACACAUCCUCGUUUUCACUGAAUAUUGAUGGAUUUCUCAGAAUUCGAGUUGAAUAAGAUUUGAUUCGAAUCAGUGACCUAGGCGCAAAAAACUUGGAUGACAUUGAAAAUAUUUUUUUUUGAGACCUUCUUGAAAAUUGUUUAUCAAAGUCGUGUGGAACGUUAUAGCAUUUCCGUUAGUUUUUUUCGAAAAAAAGGGGGAAAUCCUUUUCUAUUUUUUUGCGCCCUUCCAUAAGACUAAGUAGACCUUUCAACUACUUUGAACCUUCAAAGUUUUUCAAAAUUGAAAAGGGGGGUGUAAAAUCUCGUUUUCGGUACUUUUGACCUUUCCAGUGAUACUUCUUUCAAACACCAUGGGAAAGAUUUUUGGCACCCCUGGAUAUGAUUUUUUAACAUACUAUAUUGAGAUGAAAGUUAUUUUUGUGGAAAAAGCGUUAUUUGAGAGGGUUGAAGAUUUAUGAUUUGGUAAAAAGAGCUAUUGCGAGAACUUUCUCUUGUUCUGGAAUUAGGAGGUCGCAUUUGAACCAAAAUUCAUCAAAAGUUCAAGCGGGGGGUCAAGAAACGUGAUAAAAGUUAUUUUCAGAUAGAACUCCGAGGCCGGGACGCUCUCAAGGUGGACAUCGUUCACGAGCCCGGAAGCGACGACGUCGGCGUCGAAACGCCGCUCGAAGUCCUCUAUCCGAAACUUGUCGCGUCUGAAAACCAGAAUACCUUGUUGCAGAAGGUUAUCUCUACAGAAAAAUUGGGAAAAGUCGAUUUUUCAGAGUUCCGAUGAGCCAUCCACCUCCACGGCGUCGGAAUCCACCACAUGGCAGCGGGUUUUGAGAGUUUGUCUGUGUCGGCCGGAGCCCGCGGUUUUGCCAGCACUAGCUCAUACCCACAAAGCAUUGAUUAUAUCCCUUAGUGAAGGUAUUUUUGAACAAAUUCGAAAAACGUCAAAAUUUCUCUUUAGAAGCUUCUUCCUGGUAGUCAAAACUUGCAUUUUCAGAAAGUCUUACGAAAAAGUUUUUGAAAAUUCGCUUAAAAAACGUUGGUUUUUAGUGUCUCAGAAUCUCGGAAAGUUUCAAUAAGCGUUAUUUUUCAAAUCUCAUAGGAUAUUUUCAUAUUUAAAAUCUGAAAAGCUCAUUUUUUCUAUUCACAUCGGAAUUUAUAAGGAGAUUGGCCCAAAAAAUGUUAAAUGGUGAUAAAAAUCAGCUUUGACGAUUUCUGAACUAUUCAACAGUAGGCCUUCAAGGAGAAUCAAAAUGCGAAAUUAAUUUCCUACUCAAAGUUUUCAAAAGUAACCUUUUUUUCAUUCAAUCUAUUUAUUUUCGCAACAUCGGGAUGGUAUGGUGAUGUUGCAGGGAGGGAAAAAGACCACUAGGCGCAAAAACCAAUUUUUUUUCCAGUACCUUACCAAAACGACAACCCAACGCAUUGGCUUCUUCUCUAUGAAUAUUUCCGAUCAAUAGCCUCGAUCGCUUUGAAUUCGUCUUCAAUGGCGGUGCAGUGUCCAAGAACCGGGCCUCAUUGGCAAAUCGUCGGGUUUCAAGGUGGGUUUUUGGGACGAAACGGUAAAGUUCCUUUUAGGAGCCUUCCAAGAAAUUGAAAAGUUCCCCUGAAAACUUCAAAAAUCUUGGGGUUUUUCGAGCUCCUUUUCCGGUGGUGUGAAAAAAGACCAGCGAAAAUUCAAACUUCGACUUUUCCGAUUUUUUCAUAUCGCUAGGGAACUUUCCGACGGCCACCUUUCCGACGAAUCUUUUUCCGACUUUUUUUCUCGAUAAAAAUAUUCGUUUUAAAUUUUUCUAUAUAAAGUAGGUAGUUGGUUCAUGAUUAAAACACAAAAAAAUAGGAAAAAAAAAUGUAAAUAGAUGUCUUAUAAACCGAAAAAUAUAACGGAAAAAAGUCGGAAAGUCCCCUAGCGAUAUGAAAAAAUCGGAAAAGUCGCCGUUUCAAUUUUCGCUGGUGUUUUUUUCAUACCACCUUCUUUUUAAUAUGUUGCUUUCCAGCGUUUUUCCAUUAUUUGAGGGUGUGUGAUUAAAAGAGUAUCUUUUAGGGACCGCAGAAGAUCUUUUUUUUUAAAAAGCUUUUGAGUAGCUUUUUCCGUAUUUUUUGUUCAAUUUAAUAUCCAAAAGUACUGAUCGUGAAUUUUUAAUUAAAAAUUAUGGUUUAACGGGUUUUUCAGGAAAAAAAUGCUGCCUGGGGCGCUCAAAAAAAUUUUUUUUUGAAUCUUAUUCGGUUUUAUAGCUACUUUGUUUUUUUCUAUUAAGAAGUAUAAGAAUUAUCAUUUAGUUUUCCUAUUUUUUUAUUCCUCACAAAGACAUUGGAAGUAUACAAGUUUAGGAAGAGAGCAUCUGGAUCCGAAUUUGAAAAGAAUUUUGAAAUCUUCUAAAUUUUAUUCGGGUGAUUACGAUCUGUUUCAUUGAAGAAAAAUAAAAUAUUCUGCCUUUUUUGCAUUUUUUUAUCAGCUAUAUUGACUAUUUCCCCUCUUUGAAAACUUGAGAAAAAUUGGGUAUAGUCCAUUCCGCGACAGCUUGUCACGUUUUUUUCUUUUCGCUGAAAAUACCGUGUACCACAUUAGAUCAAAAUUGAGCAUCUUCGCUUCAAGACCUUGUUUUUUUUUAGCAGUUUUGUAGAGAAAAAGUUCUUCUUUUCUGUUCUUGCAAAAGGUGGAAUGGACUAUACUUAAUUUUCUCAAGUUUUCAAGGAUUUUUGAGGCUCAAGGAGGGGAAGUAGUCAAUAUAGCCUGAUAAAAAGAUGCGAAAAAAAGGCAGAAUAUUUUCUUUUUCUUCAAUGGAACAUAUUAGUGAUAUAAAAUUUAUAAAAAAAGAUUACUAUAACUUGAAAUUUGUGUUAUAAGAUCUCAAAGUUCCCUUUAAAAAAACGACAUUUCCUCUGGAAAAAAACAGCUUCAAGGCGUGAUCACCCGAUUAAAAUUUGAAAGAUUUUAAAUUUCUUUUCAAAUUCGGCCAUCUCACCCGGAACGAACUAUAAAAAUGAAUUUUUUGCGAUUUUUCAAUCCAAAACUAUUUUACAUUCCAGGCAACGACCCAGCCACCGAUUUUCGUGGUUGCGGCAUUUUUGGACUACUUCAACUUCAUUCCUUCUCACAGAGAGUUAAUCCAGAAAAACUUCAAGCCAUUGUCAAAUUAUCUCGUUCGGAACCUAAUGUGAUUUUUCAUUGGAAGAAUUUAUUUUUUUAGAAAUUUUAGGAUUUUCCACUCGCCGUCGUCUCUCUUAACAUUACGGGCUUAAUUCUGUCGCAUUUGAAGCGCGGAAAUUUGAAUUCGUGAGUUUUUAAUGGAUGAAAAAGGUCUUGAAAGGUAGGAAUGAGUGAAAUAUGAAGCUGAAUAGAAAUUUCACCUAAUUUUUUUCCGAGAAUUAAUUCAAUUUAUCAUCUUGAGUAAGUUUGAAUAAUUUUAUAGAAUUUAGCAACUUUUUUUAAAAAUUCAUUAUUAAUUUCCAUACUGUGUUCAAAAUGAUUCCGCGAAUUUCGAAAAAACCGUCAGAGAGCAAAAAAAGAUAACUAAAUUUUGGAGGGUCAGAGAUAAUUUUGAAUUUUACGGCAAAAUUUACGAAUUUUAAGGCUUGGAAACGACGAAAACGGCUUAUAUCCGAGCAUUUCGGCGCUCCACGCCGCCUGCCUAACAUUUUUCUGCAAUCAGUACAAAUUCAACGGUUCGACCUUGGCUCAAUGCCAAAGUAUCCUUUCUAGUCAGUUAUUUCAUCAGGAAAUUCUGGAAAAAAAAUGAUCGAAUUUCAGCAAUCGACGAGGGGUUACUGCGCAAUCCGAGAGCAAUAUUAUCACCGCUUCAAAAUGAUGUUUUAGUCUAG